CGGCUGAAGGGCAGGGGGUGCCGCGGCCUCGGCUGCGGGGCUGGGCCUAUGGCGGCGACGGCGACGGCGGUGGCGGCGGGGGCCGGGGCCGCGGCUGGGACCGAGUCGGCCGAGGGGCCCCCGGGGCCGGCGCUGGAGCUGUGGCUCAAUAAAGCCACAGACCCAAGCAUGUCAGAACAGGAUUGGUCAGCUAUCCAGAAUUUCUGUGACCAAGUGAACACUGAUCCCAAUGGCUCAACCCAUGCACCUUGGCUACUGGCCCACAAGAUCCAGUCUCCACAAGAGAAAGAAGCUCUUUAUGCCUUAACGGUUCUGGAGGUGUGUGUGAACCACUGUGGGGAGAAGUUCCACAAUGAGGUGGCCAAGUUCCGCUUCCUGAACGAGCUCAUCAAAGUGUUGUCCCCAAAGUACCUAGGCUCCUGGACCACAGAAAAAGUUAAAGGAAGAGUCAUUGAAAUACUCUUCAGUUGGACAGUCUGGUUUCCAGAAGACAUCAAGAUCCGAGAUGCUUACCAGAUGCUGAAGAAGCAAGGAAUCAUAAAGCAAGACCCUAAACUACCAGUGGAUAAAAUCUUGCCCCCACCUUCUCCCUGGCCCAAGAGCUCCAUCUUUGAUGCCGAUGAAGAAAAGUCAAAGCUUCUGACAAGGCUUCUGAAGAGCAGCCAUCCUGAGGAUCUUCAGGCUGCAAACCGGCUGAUCAAGAAUUUGGUCAAGGAGGAACAAGAAAAAUCAGAAAAGGUGUCCAAGAGAGUCAGCGCUGUGGAGGAGGUACGGAGCCACGUGAAGGUGCUGCAGGAGAUGCUGAGCAUGUACCGCAGGCCAGGGCAGGCCCCGCCAGACCAGGCAGCCUUGCAGGUCGUGUAUGAGAGGUGUGAGAAGCUGCGGCCCACCCUGUUCCGGCUGGCAAGCGAUACCACCGAUGACGACGAUGCGCUCGCGGAGGUUCUCCAGGCAAAUGACCUCCUCACCCAGGGAGUUCUGCUGUACAAACAGGUGAUGGAGGGCCGUGUCACCUUUGGCAGCACAGUGGUCAGCUCUUUGGGAGACAUACCUGUCUCCAGAGUGUUUCAGAAUCCAGCAGGCUGCAUGAAGAACUGCCCCCUGAUUGACUUGGAGGUGGACAGUGGGUCCGAGCAGGCUGGGACUGCGGCGCCAUCUUUACUGCAUCAGGACCUGGCAGCCUUAGGGAUCAAUGAUGGCCCAGUUACCAAAAAGGUUGCGAGUCAGAAUUGCGGUCAGGAAAAGAGGAACCCUACCACCAGCACGCUGCCGGGUGGUGGUGUUCAGAGCCCUUCUGCAGAAAGGAACUUGCUGGAUCUCCUCUCCCCACAGCCGUCUCCGGGACCUCUGAAUUAUAUUCCGCAGAAAAGUAUCCCCAAGGAAGUGCCACCAGGUACUAAGUCCUCUCCAGGUUGGUCCUGGGAGGCUGGCCCAUUGGCUUCUUCUCCAUCUUCCCAGAAUACACCUCUGGCUCAAGUGUUUGUCCCUUUGGAGUCUGUUAAGCCCAGCAACCUGCCUCCUCUUAUCGUGUAUGACCGGAAUGGAUUCAGAAUUCUACUCCACUUUUCCCAGACUGGGGCCCCUGGCCACCCAGAGGUGCAGGUGCUACUGUUGACCAUGAUGAGCACGGCCACCCAGCCUGUCUGGGACAUCAUGUUUCAAGUAGCUGUGCCAAAGUCAAUGAGAGUGAAACUACAGCCAGCGUCCAGCUCCAAGCUUCCUGCUUUCAGUCCUUUGAUGCCUCCAGCAGUGAUCUCUCAGAUGCUGCUGCUUGACAAUCCACACAAAGAGCCCAUCCGGUUACGGUAUAAGCUGACAUUCAACCAGGGUGGACAGCCUUUCAGCGAAGUAGGAGAAGUGAAAGACUUUCCAGACCUGGCAGUCUUGGGUGCAGCCUAACUCCUCACUGGACAGACCCUGCCAUUCAAGCUUAGGCCAGUGUUACUUUUGCUGUCUAGAUAGGACUAAUCACGGUGAUUUAGUGCAGAGUGCCAAGAGUUCUAUCCUGACAUCAGGCUCUGGAUGCCAACCUCUGACUUAUUCUGCAGAUAUUGUGUGUGUGUGUGUGUGGCCCGGGGGCUGAGGGGCAGGGAUGUGGGCAGUGUGGGAAAUGCUAAAGCAUUUCUGAUAACCAUCUGCUACGAUCAUGUCUGGUUUUGCAUGUUGGUGGACACUGAUGUCCCUGCCUCGAGUUGGAGGUUUUAUAAGCCAAAGUUGUUGUUGUUGUUUUCCAUGUAUUAUUAUCUUUUCAUUCAUCCACUCUGUGCCUUGUCAGCCUUUGAAAGACUUGGUUGCUCCCAGGCUGCUGUUCUCAGGGACCUUAAAAGGAACCUGGUUGGUCUUGGGGCAGAGUGUCUUCUGGGACACUCUCUUCCAAGAAAGACCUUGUCUCCAUUUCCAUUAGUGAAUGCUGCUUGCAUGUGUUCAGGAAGAUCUUCUAAAUGGACUGCUUGUUGCACUGUGUUCUAGGCGAGGGGCUGCCACUAGACCAGAGGACCGCGCUUGGUGGGCCAAUCAUGUCCUUCACCACUGUGCCUUAGAAUUGCCCAUAGAUGGACCCUUCAGGGCAGAGGGGAAAGCAGAUCCCAGGCCUUAUUCAGGCCUCAGGUUCCAUGGGUUGGGCAGCCUGUCUGGACCCUUCCUCAGGACCCUCAUCUCCAUCCUCAUCCUCUUUCACCACAAGCAUUUACCCAGAGCUCUUUGAUUGUGACGCCAUGCCAGUCAUUGUAAAUCAUAACUAACAGGUUCGCCCUGGCCUGUUGACUUCACAAUCCAGGAUGAAGAACUGUGAUGCAAAUGAGAUAUGAAGUGAGUUUAGCAAUGAAAAGUGAUGACUAAAUAUAGAAAGUCAUUGAAUAAAUACCCGUGUAGCGAAUAUACUUUGUGGAGUCUUGAGUAAGUAGGAGAUGCAAAGCCUGUUGCGUUUAGAGAUAAUAGGCUUGAAGGGAUCAUUCAUCUGUUGAAGUAAGGAAGACUUCCUGAGGGAUGUGGAACCUUAAGAACUGCUUCAGUGAAGAGAAGCCCUGAGGAUCUGAAUGAAGCUGGAAGAGAGGUGGAUUCUUGUUACAGUCAUGGUAUAAAGGAAAAAUUCAGGCUUGCAGUCAGUUAAUACUUAGCACCUGCAAUGUGCUAGGCAUUUGUGCAUGUUUUACAAGUCUUGCUUGGCCUGAUGGGUGGGUGAAGAGAGCUGAGCCUGGCUGAGAUGGCCUGAUGAAGGAUGCCAGAUCCAAGCAGCUCACCUGUCUGGGUAGGAGUCUGCCUCAGAAACUGCAAGGCUCUGUUUGGGGCUCUUUAUCACAAAAUCUGGUACUUUACAGUCUGAUCUUUUACCUUCUACAUAUAGUUGGAAAUCUGCCAGCACUAUGGUGGGGAUGGGAGCUGUAAAAAAUCAAGGUAUGUUACUUUUAAAGCAAAUGUGAAAACUCAUAAAACAGAUAAAUGAUGGGGUGACUUCUUCAUUUGGCAUAACUCAUAAGGUUCAUUUUAAUCUAAAAUUUUGUGUUCAAAUAUUCUAUAUAGCUUUUAUAGGCUCUAGCUAUUUCAUAAAGUCUCCUAGAGGUGCCCAUCAUAAAGACGAUGCCUACCUAGAACUUCCAUCAAAAAUGGGUGAAU